GCUCAAUGCCACCAGACUGUAUGCUGAAAAUGACUAAGAUGGUACAUUUUAUGUUUUGCAUUCUUUCCACAAUUAAAAAAAGAAACUUCAAAUACUUGGGGGGGAGGAGCAGAGAGAGAAGUGUGUCAAAUUUUUCUUUUCCUGAAAGAAGCCAUUUAAAUAUAAGUUAGUAAACAGCUUCUUUAAAGACCAAAAAAAGGUGAACUGAAGCAGACUGCUAAAGAGCCACAUGGAGGAAAGGAAUUAAUAGUCAAAAGGUAUAACACGAGACUCCAAGCUUGAGAAAGUGAUCCUGGCAUAGCGCAUGAUACUGUCAAAAUCAUCUUUCUUCGAGUGAGUUUACUUCUCCAGGAUCCCUCUUCAUAAAAUUGUACUCUUCACGGCCGUCUCCCCGCGCGCAGCCGCCCGAACACGCCCAGACCGAGCGCUCGAGGUGCUGCAUCCGCCGCCGCCGCCGCGAUGUGACCUUAAGGGCCGCCAGGACGGGAUGACCGGAGCCUCCGCCCCGCGGCGCCCGCGGCUCUCCUCGGCCUCCCGGGCGCUCUGACCGCGCGUCCCCGGCCCGCCAUGGCCCCUUCGCUCUCGCCCGGGCCCGCCGCCCUGCGCCGCGCGCCGCAGCUGCUGCUGCUGCUGCUGUUGCUGGCCUCGGAGUGCGCGCUUGCCGCGCUGUUGCCGGCGCGCGAGGCCACGCAGUUCCUGUGGCCCAGGCAGCGCCGCGCCUUCCAGGUCUUCGAGGAGGCCAAGCAGGGCCACCUGGAGAGGGAGUGCGUGGAGGAGCUGUGCAGCCGCGAGGAGGCGCGGGAGGUGUUCGAGAACGACCCCGAGACGAUAUAAGUACUUUCAUGUGGCCAAUUUCAAGACACCAACAUGAGGUCACCAAGUAGG